AUGCGUGCUUUCAUUCCUCCGAGGGUGACUCUUGAGGCUGACCGACAAGAUGCCAUACGUUCUCUCUCCGACAUUGUCGAGUUCCACGCCGAAAAGAAUCCCGACUACUUGUUUUGUAUUCAAGCUGAAAAGAAACCAGGUCUUGAUGGGCACUCUUUGAACCGUGUGACUUAUACCACCCUGAAGUGGGCUAUUACGAACUGCUACCAAUGGCUGGAAGCACAUUUGUCUCAUCUUCAACUACGUACUCGGCGGGGGCAAGGUGAUGCUGAUGGAUCACAAGGACCGAUAGUCCUACUGAUGGAGAGCGAUCUCGGUCUGGCCGUCUACAUCCUGGCUCUUAUGAGAUUGGGCAUACCGGCGGUUCUGCUCUCAACAAGGCUCAGCGCGACCGCAAUUCACCAUCUCAUCGGGCGCACUGGAGCCACAACAGUCAUUGCCUCACAGCGUCUCCGUUCGAUGCUAGACGAGCCAGCCCCGGCGGUCGAUACCAAGCUCCAGAACGGUGAACCCCAAAACAAAGGCCUUCAGGUCUUUACCGCCGCCGGGUACCAAACUUUCCUGAACGACCUGGACUCCCCUCUGGAGACCAAUGUGUCGGUGCAGACCACCAAUCCAGCGCUAAUUCUGCACUCAUCCGGCACAUCUGGACUCCCAAAACCAAUCUACUGCACCCACGCCCACUUCCUCGCUUUCUCUCAAUGUCACGAGUUUGAAACGGCAGAACAACGCCAAGGUCUAACCGUCUCGUCAUCGCCCUUCUUUCACGGCUUCGGCCUAGUACCAAUGUGCCUCUCCCUCGGCAUCGGCAAAACCUUCUGCAUCCCCCCCUCCUCUGAACUCCCCACCGGCUCCUCCAUCGUCCAGCUCCUCCAAGCCUCCAGCUCCAAAGCCCUGCUGACUGUCCCUUCACUUCUCGAAGACAUCGCCUCCCUCCCAGACAACAAAGGAGUGACCGCCCUCCAACAACUCGAUUUUGUCGCCUUUGGAGGCGGCCUCCCGAAGCCUUCUAUUGGCCAACGUCUUGAUGCAGCAGGUGUAAGACUCAUCAACCACUACGGCGCGACCGAGACAGGACCCCUAACCCCGUUUUUUGUCCCGCCUGCUGGACAUGACUGGCGGUUUAUUCGGCUGAGAAGGGAUAUUGACCACGCAAUGGAGGUGGAGCUGAUGCCAACGACAACAGAUGGUGAAUUUUCCGGUCGGGCGUAUAAACUCAGCAUGCGGCCAUUUGGCUGGACAGAACGCUUCGAACUACAAGACUUGCUCCUCGCUCGGGAGGGUUUCCCUGGGGAGUUUCGUAUCGCGGGACGAACAGACGAUCUGAUUUGUCUUGCUACCGGGGAGAAGGUCCGCCCGACGAUGCUGGAGACUAUUCUCCAACAGCAUGACAAAGUCAAGACUGCCGUUGCGUUUGGGGAUGCGCAGUUCGAGAUUGGGGUUAUUGUUGAGACGACAACGAGGGAGGUGGAUGACGGGGAUGAGCUGAGGGAGGAGAUAUGGCCUCUGGUGGAGGAGGCAGGGAGGCAGAUGGAUGCCCAUGCGAGGGUUUCUUCCCCGGCGGCGAUUUUGUUUGUUGGUUCUGGGGCUCUGCCGAGGUCGGAUAAGGGGACUGUGUUGAGGAGGGAGGUGAAUCGGGUUUUUGAGAGGGAGAUUGCGGGCGUGUAUAGGUGUAUUGAUGCUAUGGCCAGUGCGCCGGCGUUUGAUCUUUCUUCGCCGCGGGAAAGCGUCAGGGGUUUUGUCAAAGCGGUGAUGGCGUUUAGGGGGGGGUAUUGGUCGGAUGAGGAUGACUUUUUCGAGCUUGGGAUGGAUAGCUUGCAGGCUACGAGGUUGCGGAGACUGUUGGUUGCUUCGCUGAGAGCGGCCGCACAAGAAGGUAGAAAUCGGGAGGUGGAUGUUAGGAGCGUGGCUGACGAUGUUGUCUAUCGCAAUCCUUCUGUCAGUCGGCUUGCUGAGGCCAUUUUAACGCAAAACACAUUUCAGAAUGGACUGUCGAGCUUGGGUCACCUGGAGCAAAUUGCGGACAGGUACUCCAACGUGACUUCAGAAACCAUUGCGCAACGGGCAGUCGUGGUCAUGACCGGCAGCACUGGAAGUCUUGGGUCGUUUAUUCUGGCACAACUUGUCAAAGUCCCGACAGUGGCCGGGGUUAUCGCUCUCAUCAGACCCUCAGCCGAACCAGCGCAGGAAAGGCAGAAGAAUGCCUUGAAAGCCCGAAACAUCGAGCUGUCCGACUCAGAGUGGUCAAAAAUACAGAUCUACGGGGCAGACGUGGGGGCGCCCUUUCUUGACCUGGACAGUGGCGUGUACCAGCAAAUCGCAUCCAAAGCCACACAUGUGGUGCACGCUGCCUGGCCAAUGAACUUCAACAUGUCCCUCCAGUCUUUUGGUUCCGCCUUUCGAGCUCUGCAGAACUUGAUACAGCUAACUUCCGAGUCUCACCGACUCCAGCCAUCGAAGAGACCUCGAUUUCUAUUCAUUUCAUCCAUAUCCACAGUCGGGAAUUAUCCCUCUCUUCACGGAGAGCGUCUUGUGCCAGAAGAGGCUGUCAGUGGCCAAAACUGCGCUCUUGAACUGGGGUACGCAGAAGCGAAGUUGGUAUGUGAGAAGAUAGUCGAGCGAGCAGCGCGCGAUUACCCCCAGAUCCAGAUAGCUUUUGCGCGUGUGGGCCAAAUCGCCGGCUCUCGGAGUGGAUAUUGGAACGUGGAUGAACAUUUUGUUGCGCUUGUCGCCUCGUCGUGCAAAAUCCGCCUCAUUCCAGAUCUUCAAGGGACUCUUUCUUGGCUGCCAGUCGAUGCUACUGCAGCCGCGGUAGUCGAUAUUUUGCUCAACGAUCAGCCACCGGAGCUUGUCUACCACUUGGAGAACCCAGUACGGCAAAGCUGGCAUGAAAUGAUCACCCUCUUGUCCAGUGAGUUGGGGUUCGCUUCUACACAACUGGUGUCGUUUGAGGAAUGGGUGGAAGCUGUCAUGUCAGCGCCAGAUAAGGGUAACCCUGCGAAGAAACUGUCGCGUUUUCUGGAGAAUGAGUUUCGCAAGAUGUCGUGCGGAGGGAUAAUCUUAGACACCUGGGUUGCUGUUACGUAA